CCGUAAACCUCCACCAGCCCCUCUGUCCCGCGCAACCCACUGUUCUCUAAGCCCCUAACCAAGCCCAAACCACCCCCACAGCAGAAGAGCCCCCAGAGACCAGUGCCCACCCCUGAGGCAAGGGGCGCGGCUAGGCCCCGCCCCCACCCCUGCAACUUGACCCAGGCUGCGACCCCCUGCUCUGACGUCUUGGAAAAUUCCCCCCUGCCCAGACCCCCAGGGGAGGGGGUGUGUGGUAUGAAAUGGGGCUGAGACCCCUGGCUGCGGGCAGAAGAACCCGCCAGAGGUGAGCCAUGAGCUGGGGCCUGGAUGUGUGGGGUAAGAAGGGCCAGGGAGGCUGCACUCCUGGGUCUGCGGGAGGAAGAGGGAAGGGGCAGACCACGGGCUCAUCCUUUGCCCCGUGGAUUUAUCCCGACAGAACGCUCAGGCGCACCCAUGGACUUGUGGAACUGGGAUGACACAUCACCGCAGGAAGUGCCCCCCGUGACCAAGCUGUCGGGGCUGGACGGAGCCGAAUUUAGUCUUUAUUUCCCUGAGCUGGCGCUCCCAGGGGACACACCAACAGCGGAGCCGAGCUGGACAGGUCCCAUUCAGCUGUGGCAGUUCCUCCUGGAGCUGCUCCAGGACGGGGCGCGUAGCAGCUGCAUCCGCUGGACGGGCAACAGCCGCGAGUUCCAGCUGUGCGACCCCAAAGAGGUGGCCCGGCUGUGGGGCGAGCGCAAGAGGAAGCCGGGCAUGAAUUACGAGAAGCUGAGCCGCGGCCUGCGCUACUACUACCGCCGGGACAUCGUGCGCAAGAGCGGUGGGCGCAAGUACACGUACCGCUUCGGGGGCUGCGUGCCCGGCCUCGCCUGCGUGGCCUGUGCGGGCGACGGGCAGCCGGCGGAGACCCAGUGAGCGCAGCCUCCCACGCGCGUGCUUGUGCGUCUUCCCCGCCGGCGCCCUGCGUGUGCGCCCCGACACGCGGGCACCCUCAGCGCUCUCACGGAAUCCCUUGACCAGUGCCUUUCCCCUCUACCCCCCAGGGGCCCUCCCCUCUGGGGCGCCUAAGCCCCGCCCCUCGCUGCCAGUCUCCGAGGCCCCGCCCCCUCGGGUGCUCGGGCCCCGCCUCGCCGUCCCCCGAGUUAGUUCGGGCGGUGCGGAGACGCCCACUUCCUGGGCUGGGAGACCCAGACCCUCCGGGAGCUCACCGUGUGCCCAGCCUGAGGGGAGACGUGGGAAGAACCAACGCCAGUGUCACAGGGCCCGCGCUAAACCUACGCACCUGCAUCCCAUAUGGGCAUCGGUUCGGGUCCUGGCUGCCCCACUUCAAUCCAGCUCCCUGCUAAUAAGCCUGGGGAAGCAACAGAAGCUGGGCCAAGCGCUUGGGCCCCUGCACCGCUGUGGAAGACCCGGAAGAAGCUCCUGGCUGGACUUUGACCUGGCCCAACCCAGCCCAUUUCGGCCAUUUGGGGAGUGAACCAGCCGAAGGAAGAUCUCUCCAUCUCCACUCUCUCUCUGUACUGUGCCUUUCAAAUCAGUAUAUACUAAUCCUUUUGAAAAUAGAAAUGUAUAAUUUUACCCAUUUUUAAUAUUUUGGUCUAGCAACUUGUGAUACAUAGAUGACAAUCUUGUGAGUUUUUCAAAUGUGUGUACAGGUUUUUAUAAAUACGACUUUUGUAAUUAA